AUGGCAGCUGUCGAUCUAGCGUUUGAAGAGAGAGUCUCCCUUCUCUAUUUACUGUGGAGAGCAGAGCAGCGGCGUAAAGGACGUCCUCGCUGUACCUGGAUCCAUCAGGUCCUCCAGAAGCGUGAGCAGUUUGGUGAGUUUCACCACUUGCUCCAGGAGCUGCAUCUGGAUGACGGCCGCUUUCAGCGGUACCACCGUCUUUCCCUCGCCCAGUUUGAGGAGCUGCUGUCCCGCGUCAGUCCAAGCAUCGCCCGCCUAGACACCAACUACAGGUGCUCAAUCCCACCUGCAGAGCACCUGUCCAUCUGUCUGCGCAACAUUUAUAUGAUUUGUUUAACAACGAGGAAGUUGUCCUGCAUCACCGUCAACUUUGAUACUAAAGACGAGAGAGACACAAGGCAGAACACUGAGAAGUACAGACUGAACAUGUUCCUUAAAAUGAUAAUUAUUUUGUCUACAGCAGCCUGCGUUGAGGCUGAACGAAGUCAUAUACUUUGUUACUCCUAUGGAUGCUUUGACUCCAGUGAUACUCAAAUCUGUACAGCAUUCGAUGGCGAUGAAGUAGGCUAUGCAGACUUUAAAAAAGAUCAGCUGAUUUGGGAGAGCAGAGUCCCUGUAAGUUAUCGUUUUCCGGACGCCUACGAAUUUGCAGUACGUUUCCGGAGUAUGUGCAAAAAUGACAUCUCCAGAUGGAAGCCAGACAAGUCCAUAAUAAAGAAAAAAGAACCACCAGAAUUCAUCGUCUACCCCAGAGAUGAAGUGAUAACAGGGGAAGAUAAUACCCUCAUCUGCUUCAUCAACCACUUCUUUCCUCCUUCGAUCAACAUUAAGUGGACCAAGAAUGAUGUAGAAGUAACAGUGGAAGACCCUUUCAUCAAAACUUUGUCCAAUCCUGAUGGGACCGCUUAUGUUUUGUCCUACCUCAACUUUGUGCCAGAGAAAGGAGACAUCUACAGUUGCACUGUGGAACAUGAAGCGCUGGACGAGCCUCAGACCAGGUUUUGGGAGGUUGAAACAGAUGAGAUCAGCAAAGGUCCAGCUGUCUUCUGUGGACUUGGCCUGUGUCUUGGAUUGCUUGGAGUUUUCACAGGAACCUACUUUUUUUUUAAAGCAGGGCACUCUGGUCCCCCUGGUUGA